CUGCUUUCCUUAAACCAAUACAAGUUCUUAAAGGGCAACCAUCUAAAACUCUAUCUCAUGUCUCUCAUGGAUUCUCUCUUCACCUACAGACCCCUAUCAGAAAAUAGGCCCUCUUCAAUUUCUUUCUUUUUCUCAAGUGUCAUUCAACUUAUCAUCGUCCUCUCAUUUCUCAGCCUCACAACAGCUCUAGCCAGCCAUUGCAGAACCUCCUGUGGCAACAUUCCUAUCAACUACCCUUUCGGCAUUGAUGACGGCUGCGGAAGCCCCUAUUACCGACACAUUCUCGUCUGCUCGGAGCCGGGAAAUCUUGAGCUCCGAACACCUUCCGGGAGAUACCCAGUUCUCAGCAUAAGCUAUUCCGAUCCUCACAUUUUAGUCACCGAUCCUUUCAUGUGGAAUUGCCACGACGGAGACAACUUCCGUCCCACCAGGCCAUUUAGCCUUGACACAAGCACCCAUUUCUCACUCUCCCCUCAGAAUGAAUACCUCUUCUUUAAUUGCAGCGAAGAUGAUGUGAUCAUUCAGCCAAAGCCCAUCUUUUGUGAACACUUUCCUGAAAGGUGUGAUUCGUCUUGCGAUAGUGCCAGCUAUCUAUGCAGGCACCUACCACAGUGUCCUUCUUCAUUGAGUGGAAGUAGUACUUCUUGCUGUUCUUACUAUCCCAAAGCCACUGAAUCUCUAAGGCUGAUGCUCAAGUAUUGUGCUAGUUUCACUAGCGUGUACUGGAAAAAUAUCGGCGAACCUCAACCUUACGAUCAAGUCCCUGAAUAUGGGAUUCGGGUUGAUUUUGAUAUUCCGGUGACCACACAUUGCCUUCAGUGUCAGGAUACGUUGAAGGGAGGUGGAACUUGUGGAUUUGACACCCACACACAGAGUUUCUUGUGUCUAUGCGGGGAAGGAAAUGCCACUACUUAUUGUAAAGAUCCUAGCCUUUCUGGGCAUAGUGGGAGGGUUGGAGUUAUUGCAGGCACAGUAAGUGCAGUUUCAGCCGCUGGGGCCUUAGGAGUGGGAGCUGGUGUUUGGUACUUUAGGAAAGUGAGAGCCAAGGCACCAGUGACAUGUGGGGUUCAAAGCAAUGAGAAUAGGCUUUUCUGAAAGACAUUCAGCAGCAACGACCAAAUAUAUACCUUGCCUUUUUCUUUUCCUUAUUUUUUGAUUGCUUUUUACACUUUUAACAUGCCUCUUUGAUGGCCUCUGUUUCUUUGUCUAUCACAAUAUAUACGAGCCCAUGAUCUUGCUUUUCCA